AAUAUGAUAUAAGAAGAAACACAUUUAAGCUGCGUAAGUUUAGUCACCGUGCACAGAACUAGUAAUUGCUACGAAUAUACAGUAGAUAUAAAAAAGUGUUAACAAGGAUGCUCUCUUCAUUGGUUUGUCAACUAUUGCUCUUAAUCACAGCGUAUGCCACUAAUACGUACGCUGCUGGAAUUGAGGGAGGCACACCGACUACAAUUAAGGCACGUCCUUAUGUCGUCUCCAUACAGGGUACGGAUGGCACACGCACCUGCGUUGGCGCUUUAAUCAGUUCCAAUACAGUUGUUACCGCCGCACGGUGUUUGGCUUUCUUCGAUAGUUCGAAAUUGGUUGUCGCUGUUAAUGAUGGUGGUCAAGUAGUAAAAAUUGCCGCCAAGACUUUCGAUAUAAGAUUUGACCCUAUCACAAAUGAGAAUGACGUGGCCGUCUUGAAAUUGGCACAGUCAGUGAAGGCUGGCACUGUUAAACUAGCGAGUAGUUUGCCGAAGACCGGUACCAAUGGUGUGGUCACCGGCUGGGAUGCCAAAAAUAAGUUAGUGGAUAUGCCUGUGAGUGUCAUAAACCGCAAGGAUUGCAUAUCUGGCAAGUUCAAAUAUAGCGGUGACGAAGUGCUGAAGUCAAUGGUGUGUGGACUUGCUAAGAAUAACAAGGCUUGUGGCGCAAUAGGCGGAAGUCCUUUGGUGGCAAACAAUCAAUUGGUUGGUUUGAUUUCUUGGGGUAAUGGUUGCGGCAACAAGGGUAAUCCAGCUGUUUAUACUGAUAUACCAUCGGUAAGUUCAUGGAUUACUAAAACAGUUAAGAAUUGGUGAAAUUUGAAUCGAAAAUGAAGCGAAAGCGAAAUAAAAGUUUAAUGUUUCAAGAAA